UGAUGCACGAUACACCCACUCGCAUGCUUUCCCGACCUUCUUCCGCGAGGAGUUUCUCAAGGCUUCUACACUAAACUUUAGCUUUCUUUCGGGCGCAGACCCGAAUUAUCCUGACAUCGUCAAUGUGUUGAUGGCACAUAAAUAUUUGAAAAUGAUUUCUCGAUGAGAAUAAUGUUCGACACAUUGUGCUUGAAAAGCCUCCAUCAGCCCUCGGAUAUUACCUGCCCAAUAUCAAGUCCAUCCCGAUGGUCUACGUUGGAAAGUAACCUAUCUCGGGGACUUACCUGUGAUAAAAACAACUUGUAUUAUACAUCUGCAGCGCCACUGAGACCCAAAGGCGGUCGGGAGGACAUUGCUGACCAUUUGAACUGGCGGAAAUGUUCUCGAUUGGGACAACUGGGAGGCAUGGUCCCCCUACCUUUUCCAGCGACGGAGGCAACAUUCACCGAUCUGUGCUGCAACUUCUCGACUGGUUUGCCAAAUAAGUUUUUUCGAGGUGAAACAUAACUCGAAGGUCACUGGAUCAAGACCUGGCAGCAUUUGAUGCAUGGUGUGACUCGCCAUCGCUACAGGAACCUCUGAUCUCCGUGUAAUAGCUUGCUCAAUCAUAUGGCAUGCAUCCAACCUCAUUCAUGCCAUGGGAUCA